AAUCAAUAAAAUACCAUGUGGAUUUUGUUGUCGCUGACACUGAUGGGUGGUGCACUGGGCGCAACCCCGUUGACAAUAACUAAUAGCUGGAACGGUGGGUUUGAGGGAGAUUUCACUGUGACGGGCGAGGCCCACAACUGGAAGGUACAUCUUGUCUUUGACCACCCGAUCAAUAAAAUUGAGGUAUGGAAACUCACUGUAGAAAGUCAGAGUAACGGCGGCAGGGAAUUCGUUCUACGUGCUUUGCCUGCAUUUGCCAAUAUUGCUGCAGGUGAUUCAGUGACAUGUCAUUUUGUUGCACGGCAAAAUGGGGGCCGAGUUCCACACGGAACGUUCUACGUGGAAGGUACCAGUGGCGGUGGUGGUGGUUCGAGCAAUGGCGGUGGAUCUUCGGGCGCAACUCCGUUGACAAUAACUAACAGCUGGAACGGUGGGUUUGAGGGAGAUUUCACUGUGACGGGCGAGGCAAACAAUUGGAAAGUACGUCUUGUCUUUGACCACCCGAUCAAUAAAAUUGAAGUAUGGAAACUCACUGUAGAAAGUCAGAGUAACGGCGGCAGGGAAUUCGUUCUACGUGCUUUGCCUGCAUUUGCCAAUAUUGCUGCAGGUGAUUCAGUGACAUGUCAUUUUGUUGCUCGGCAAAAUGGGGAUCGAGUUCCAGGCGGAACGUUUUAUGUGCACGGUGGAAAAAGUGGCGGUGGUGAUUCCAGCAAUGGCGGUGAUGGCGGCGGCGGUGGCGACAGCGGUUCGAGCUCUGGUUCCAGUACAAAGUAUAACUACAAGGAAGCUUUAAAGUUGUCAAUCCUAUUCUACGAUGCACAAAGGUCCGGUAGACUACCUCCCAACAACCCAAUACCAUGGCGUGGGGACUCCGCCGUCAAUGACGGUGCCGACGGCCAUGACCUUAGCGGGGGAUGGUAUGAUGCCGGAGACCAUGUGAAGUUCAAUUUGCCAAUGGCCUGGUCUACCUGGGUGUUGUUGUACGGUAUGUUAGAAUUCCGGGAUGGGUAUGAGGCUGCCGGGCAGAAAAACAUGGCAUGUGAUAUGAUCAGAACACCUCUGGAAUAUUUCCUCAAAUGUUGGAUUCCGGAUCAACAAACACUUUAUGUACAAGUAGGUAAUGGGAAUGCUGAUCAUGCAUACUCACUGUCUUGUAAGCUGUACGGCCGUAAAUGUUUAGACACUUCCAAGAUGGCGGACGCUGAAAAUCAACACAGAUACUGGGGUCGGCCAGAAGAUAUGCACAUGGGACGUCCUGCGUACAAGGUGACCACCUCGUGCCACGGAAGUGACGUAGCAGGAGACACUGUCGCUGCAAUGGCGGCCGGAUAUCUCGUGUUCAAGGAUAUGUGCGGAGAUACCGGCUUUGCUGGCAGACUUCUUGGAGCUUCGAAGAGUUUGUACACGUUUGCUAAGAAUAACAGAGGCAAAUACACCGACUGUGUCACACAGGCAAAAGAUUUCUACGGGUCUACAGGCGAGACUGAUGAACUUGCUGUGGCCGGAGCAUGGUUGUAUAAAGCUACUAAUGACCAGGCCUAUCUAAAUGACGCCAAGGGAUUUUACCCCGGCGGUACCGCCUGGGGUUUCAACUGGAACGAUGCGCAACCUGGUGCUGCCUUACUGCUUUAUGACAUCACGAAGGACGGAAAAUAUAAAACCGACAUCGAGGGUUUAGUUAACUCGUUUAGAAGCGGUAAUAACGGUGUUAAGGUAACACCUUGCGGACUGGCCUGGCGGAGUAAAUGGGGAUCCAACAGACAUGCUGGAAACGUUGCUUUUGUUGCAACGAUGGCAGCCAAGUAUGGCAUCCAGCCUGACGCUUAUAACAAAUGGGCUAUUUCCCAAAUUAACUACCUUCUCGGAGACAACAAGCUUCAUAUCAGCUAUGAGAUAGGCUAUGGAAGUAAUUAUCCUAAAAGACCUCAUCACAGGGGAAGCUCGUGUACCCCAGGGUGGUGUGCGCAAGGAGACGUUGCCAAUCCGAAUGUCCUUAAAGGCGGUUUGGUUGGAGGUCCUGAUGAGUGGGAUAAUUACGCCGAUAGAAGAGAUGAUUAUGUGAAAAACGAAGUUGCCUGUGAUUACAAUGCUGGUUUCCAGUCUGCUCUAGCUGAUAAAGUAAAACAUACAGACAGCGAGGAUAAAACAAACAUUUAUAAACACUACCUUGGAUCGGUCAGUAAAAGACGCCUGUGUGGUAAAGCAUCCUCUUCGAGUGCAGGAGAUCAAGGGUAUAUGGUCAUGUGGCUUCUAUUACCAAUCAUAUUUGUGGGCGGUGCCCUCGGAAUGAACCCACUCACUAUCACUAAUCAUUGGUAUGGUGGGUUCGAGGGCGACUUCACAGCGACAGGAGAGGCUCAUGGCUGGAAAGCUCACUUAGUUUUUGACCAUCCUGUAAACAAAUUGGAGGUAUGGAAACUAACAGUGGAGAGUCAAACAAAUGGAGGACGAGAAUUUAUCCUGAGAGCCCUUCCAGAGUUUUCAGAGCUGAAUUCUUCCACCACACUGAAAUGCCAUUUUGUUGCAAGACAAGAUGGCGACGUUGUACCAUACGGAAUGUAUUACAUAGAGGGUGGCGUUACAGGAAGCGGUGGCGGCUCCACAGGAUCAGGUAGUGGAUCCAACACCGGAGGAGGAACAUCCGGGGGUGGGGGCUCAGCCACGCCAGGCACUCCAUCAGGGGGAGGUUCGCCAAUGAAAUAUGAUUACAACGAGGCCUUGAAGUUGUCUAUCCUGUUCUACGAUGCACAAAGAUCUGGUAGACUUCCGUCAAACAACCCCAUCCCGUGGCGCCAGGACUCCGCCGUCAAUGACGGUGCCGAUGGCCAUGACCUUAGCGGGGGAUGGUAUGAUGCCGGUGACCACGUGAAAUUCAAUUUGCCAAUGUCCUGGUCUACCUGGGUGUUGCUGUACGGUAUGCUAGAGUUCCGGGAUGGGUAUGAAGCAUCAGGACAGAAGGACAUGGCAUGCGAUAUGAUCAGAACACCUCUGGAUUAUUUCCUGAAAUGCUGGAUUCCAAACCAGCAAACACUUUACGUACAGGUUGGCGACGGUUAUGCUGAUCACGGGUUCUGGGGUCGACCAGAAGAUAUGCACAUGGGACGUCCUGCGUACAAGGUGACCACCUCUUGCCACGGAAGUGACGUAGCUGGAGACACUGCCGCUGCAAUGGCGGCCGGAUAUCUCGUGUUCAAGGACAUGUGUGGAGAUACCGGAUUUGCUGACAGACUUCUUGGAGCGUCAAAGAGUUUGUACACGUUUGCUAAGAACAACAGAGGCAAGUACACCGACUGCGUCACACAGGCAAAAGAUUUCUAUGGAUCUACAGGCGAGGCUGAUGAACUUGCUGUGGCCGGAGCAUGGUUGUAUAAAGCCACUAAUGACCAGUCCUACCUAAAUGAUGCCAAGGGAUUUUAUCCUGCCGGUACCGCCUGGAGUUUCAAUUGGAAUGACGCCAAUGUCGGUGCUGCUUUACUACUCUAUGGCAUUACAAAGGACGGAAAAUACAAAACAGACAUCGAGGGUUUGGUAAACUCAUUUAAACCAGGUGGCAAUGUUCAAAGUACACCUUUUGGAUUGGCAUGGCGUGACCAGUGGGGACCAAACAGACAUGCUGGAAAUGUCGCUUUUGUUGCAACAAUGGCAGCCAAAUAUGGUAUUCAGCCUGACGGUUACAAAAAGUGGGCCAUGUCUCAAAUUAACUACCUUCUCGGAGACAACAAACUACAUAUCAGCUAUGAAAUUGGUUUUGGUAGCAACUACCCUAAACGGCCCCACCAUAGAGGAAGCUCAUGUGCCCCAGGAUGGUGCGCACAAGGUGACCAGGCCAACCCAAACAUUCUGAAAGGUGGUUUGGUAGGAGGCCCAGAUCAAUGGGACAAUUAUGACGACAAAAGAGAUGAUUAUGUGAAAAACGAAGUCGCAUGUGACUACAACGCUGGCUUCCAGUCGGCCCUAGCCGGUCUGGUACAUUUUGCUCACAACAAUGACCUCCCAGCUGCACCAGGUGCUAAGUGUUAACUUUCUUAUGUUGUAGAAGACUUGGAAAUACACAUGUUGAAAUCUA